CGUCGGCAUUUGCAUGAGCAUCCCGAGCUCUCCUGGCAAGAGCAUCAAACUGCUGCAUAUGUGCGCCGUCAAAUCAUUGCACUGGGCCUCUCUCCGCGGGACCUGUGCACCACCGGCCUCAUCUGCGACGUACCCGACGCCAGCGGUUCCACAGCUGGGCCAAAAAUCGCCAUUCGUGCCGAUCUUGAUGCCCUGCCCAUACAAGAGGCCACCGCCCUCCCGUUUGCGUCCCAAUCACCGGGCAUCAUGCACGCCUGCGGUCACGACGGCCACACCGCCAUGGGACUCGGCGCACUGCGCCUCCUCAUUGCUGGCGAAGCGCCACCCCUCCCAGUACGGUUCAUCUUCCAGCCCGCUGAAGAAUUGGCUACGGGCAGCGCCGCAAUGAUCAAAGCCGGGGCUCUCGAAGAUGUGGUUGCAGUCUUUGGCGGUCAUCUCGACAACCGCUAUCCCUGCGGCACCUUCAUUGUUCAUGAGGGCUGCGUCAACGCCAGCACAGAUACCGUGCGAAUCGAGGUUCAGGGCAAGGCUGGCCAUGCCGCCCGUCCACACCAAUGUGUCGACGCCGUUGUCCUCGCCUCGUCCAUUGUGAUGCAACUACAAACACUCGUGGCACGUACCGUGGACCCGGGCCGCCCUGCCGUUGUGACCAUCGGCCGCCUUCAAGCCGGCACUGCCUAUAACGUUGUGGCCGGGAACGCUGUCCUCGAAGGUACCAUUCGCUGCACCGAUGCCGACACACGCGCCCUCCUUCUCGACCGCGUAGCAGCCAUUGCCACUGGAACUGCCACAACACUCGGUGGAUCAGCCAGGACCACCUUUUCUGAUGGCGUCCCACCGGUUAUCAACUCACCACGCUGGACCGCAGUGGCUCGAGAAGCGGUGCUGGCGGUCGGUGGUCAACCUCAGCCCCUUCCCACGGCAAACCUUGGUGCCGAAGACUUUGCCAAUUAUCUGCAGCACGUCCCUGGCUUCUUUGUGCGCUAUGGU